AUGUCGUCAAAACCGGUGCUGCCACCACCUGACAAUGUAGAGGCGGAAAGACGACCCCUCCUCGCCCAGCGUCACCAGCAGGCAGAAGCUAAGGCACUGCAUGAUGCCACGCACGAGGUGAUAUACCAACGAUUCUCGCCUUCCCAGAAAACGGCGAUAGUCGCGAUUGUGUCCGUCGGCGGGUUUUUACCGCUGUUCAUACCCUCCGUACCCGAAAUUGCGCGCGAUAUUGACUCAACAGGUCCGGCAGUGAGCUUUACCGGAAGCCUGUCCAUCCUCGCCACGGCGCUUGGAUCCCUCAUGUGGUCGGGCUACUCGACGUACUACGGAAGGCGCGCCAUUUAUUUUGCAGGCUUGCACAUCCUUGUUGUUGGGAGCGUCGGCGUCGCCGCGGCGCAGACACUGCCUCAGCUGCUUGUGUGGCGGUUCGUCCAGGCCUUUGGGUGUGCAGGCGGUUUUCCGCUCGGGAGCGGUGUGAUCGGGGAUAUAUACAAGCUCGAGGAGCGGGGGACAGCCUCGCUUCUUGCGCCUGCCAUCGCCCCUCUCGUCGGAGGCAUCGCCGCCGAAUACUCCUCAUGGCGCAUCCUGCAGCUCAUCCUUGGUCUCUGGGGAUGUCUCGAGUACGUCCCCAUUUGGGCUUUGCUACCUGAGACGAGUCACCCCGGCAAGCGGGGGAUCGACAAGGUACCUGAGGGCGAGCGCAGCGGGAUCAUGGUUGUCAAUCCCAUUGCAGGACUGGGACUCAUGCGCAGUCCGAACUUGUUCUUUGUGUCUGUCGCUGGGUCUGCUGUAUUGUUGACAUCUUACGUGUUGUUGGUGCCUCUAGCAUACACUGUCGGUGUGCGGUACAACAUCACUAGCUCAGCCCUGGUGGGCGCGUGCUUCCUCCCCAGCGGACUCGGGAGCCUCACUGGCGCGCCACUCGGCGGCCGUGUCUCGGACAUCAUAGUUCGCAGAUGGCGGAAAUGCCGAGGCGGCGAGUGGGUGCUGGAGGACCGCCUCCGGGCGGCGUGGGUCGGUGGCGUCCUCCUCGCGCCGCUCUCCGUUGAAACUGCGGGCCUCGUCACGGAGUAUGUGGACGGGACAAUUGGGCUCGUGCUCGUUUUGGUUUGUCUCUUCACGAAUGGCAUUGGGGUCGACUUCGUGCUCAGCCACACGGCAGCGUACGGCGUGGACCUGAUACACUCGAGGAGCGCGGAAAUUAUCGCUGCUAGCAGUGCGCUUCAUAACCUGAUCAUGGCCGCGGCAACUGCAGUCAUCUUGCCGUCUGUAGAGCGUUUCGGAGUGGCUGCGACGAACAUUGGCGCGGCGGUUCUUGCAUGGCUGGGUUACGGGUUCAUUCAUGUCACAAUCCGGUAUGGAAAGCAGCUUAGGGCUUUUUCUCUUGAUGUCGGAUACUCCACUUUGUGA